AUGGAGUCUACGAAAGAUACAGCCGAUGAUAGCCCUAUCGUCGAAAGCAGCUUUUCGGUCGAUGAUGCAGCGCCCAAGCCUGUUCCAAAUGGCGGACUGAUCGCGUGGCUGCAAGUCGCGGGCUCGUUUUGUCUCUACUUUUGUACUUGGGGGCUGAUUGCAAGCUUUGGAAGCUUCCAGACCAUCUAUGAACGCGAUCAAUUGUCGAGUCAUACGCCAUUUCAGAUCUCAAUCAUUGGCUCUCUACAGACAUUUUUGAUGGUAUUUUCAGGCUUAAUAGUUGGCCCGAUCUAUGAUUCCGGUUACUUUCGACACCUUCUGGGCGUCGGUUCUACCUUCAUUGUCAUCGGCACUGUACUUCAAAGCCUGAGUCAAAAGUACUGGCAGUAUCUUCUCACUCAAGGUCUUAUGAUUGGCAUUGGUGCUGGCUGUCUAUCGAUCUUGAGUGUUGCUAUUACUUCACUAUGGUUUACUACGAAAUUGCCAUUGGUGAAUGGACUUGCGGCUUGCGGUAGUGGACUCGGAGGUGUUCUUCUCCCCAUCAUGGUUCGGGAGCUCAAUGCUCAGACAAGCUUGCCAUGGGCGACGAGGGCUAUGGCUCUGCUACUACUUGUUCUUCUGGCAUUUUCGAACCUCGUGUUGAGGUCAGGGCCAAACCCGAACGCGUCGUCUCAGCGCAGGCAACUUCUUGACAAGUCGGCUUUCACAGACUGGCCGUACGUCCUUUUCGUGGCUGGCUGUUUCUCCGUCUUUCUUGGAAUGUAUACCCCUUUCGUCUACGUACAAAGCUACGCCCUGGACAACAAAAUUGCAUCGGCCGAUCUUGCAGGAAACCUGCUGGCUAUUCUCAACAGUAGCUCAAUCUUUGGACGAAUUCUACCAGCUUUUCUUGCUCAAAGUCUUGGGCCCAUGAACACUAUCAUCAGUGCAGCAGUCUUGCUCGCCACUACAAGCUUAUGUCUCAUCUCAGCAACUACAACUCCACGAUUGCUUGUUACCGUCAUCAGCCAGGGCUUCUUCACGGGAUCCUUCUUCGCGCUGCAGCCGACCAUCUUUGUCAGACUUACUAGUGAUCCUCGGAGAAUUGGGACAAGAUUUGGUAUGGCCUUCUCGGUCAUGUCGGUCGCGCUGUUGUUUGGUCCACCUGUUGGAGGGGCAUUGCGAAGAAGCAUGGGGUAUACAGCCGCUUGGGUCUGGGCUGGGUUGACUGUAUUGGUCGGAAGCAUUUUGAUCUUGUGUAGUCGAUUGCUGGAAGAUAAGAAGUCUUUGAUCGUAUGA